GCACGCACGCCUUUAAUAUUUCCUGGACGACAUUUUCUUCAAACCAAUUUCUCCUCCCGCAGUAAACAAACAAAACGGGAAGACUUCUCAUCCAAAGACCUCUACCCUUCCAUCCGUCCAUUUCCUUUAAGGCCGCCAUCUCGUCGGUUGUCCAUACGAGUACACGGUAGAAAUCCCCCUUCUUCGAACCUCGCUCCAGCGUUCGAACCCCACUGGACCUUCAACCCUAGAGUACACCAUACCCGCACCACCACUACUAUCAUACCUAUCUCCCCUCUUCUCCUCCGCCACUGCAACCACAUUCAUCAUCCAUUAACCUACUGCCAGCAAACCACGACUGUCACCGAACGCCCAUACGCACACGCACGCCCACCCACCUUCCCACUUUCCCACCUUAAAACGCACCCCACUUCCCACCCCGCUGCAACUGAGCCCAUUGGUUUCAACAGUCCCAUCACAAUUGUUUCUUAUUGAUUCACAACUACAACAUUGCCUAAGCCAUGACUUCGGAACCGAUUCCGCCUCUCCCAUCAUCCCACGCUGUCGGCUUCCACUCGCCGGAGUCGGCAUCCCUGUGGUCUCGUCUGUCUGCAUAUGUUUCUGAGAAUAAGGCUGUGGUGUACACCAUCGGUGCUGUGGUGAUAGUUGUGGGCGCUGGAGGAAUAUACUACGUCACUCAAUCAAACCGGUCUGGGGGCAAGGGGAAAAGGAAGGAGCGGCGGACAGAGAAAGAGAAGGAUAAGGGUAAGAAGGUAGCUGAAGGCGAAGAUGUCAAGUCGCAGAAGCCGGAGGAACCUCUCCCCGAAGUUAAUGAGGAAAUUGUGGAGCAAUUAACUCCAGAGCAACGGAAGGACUAUGCUGGAAAACUCAAGGCUGCCGGGAAUAGGGCGUAUGGUAGCAAGGAUUUCCCACUGGCUAUUGACUUGUAUACCAAGGCGAUUCUCUGCAGGCCAGAUCCAAUAUUCUACUCGAACCGCUCUGCUUGUUUCAAUGCCCUUUCGGAGUGGGAGAAGGUUGUUGAAGACACCACUGCUGCUAUUGCUUUGGACCCUGAAUAUGUUAAGGCUUUGAAUCGUCGGGCCCAUGCUUACGAGCAAUUGGGGAAGAACAGUGAGGCUUUAUUGGACUUUACCGCGAGCUGUAUUAUUGAUGGAUUCAGGAAUGAAGGUGCCGCUCAGAGUGUGGAAAGGUUGUUGAAGAAGGUUGCAGAGGAGAAAGGAAAGAGGAUGCUCGCAGAGAGGCCAAAGAAAUUGCCUUCCUCUACGUUUGUGUCCAAUUACCUGCAGAGCUUCAGAAGCAGGCCCCCACCACCGGGCCUUGAGGAGGAUGCUAAUAUUCCGGAGGGCACUGGUGACUAUCAUCUUAGACUUGGAUUGGAGGCUGUUGAAAGAAAAACGGUCGAGGGAUACGAGGAGGCGGGGCGGGAGUUUGAACUCGCUGUGGAGUUGGAAACAAACCAUGAAGCGUAUGCGUUGAACUGGCGAGGAACUUUCAAGUACUUGCGGGGUGAUGCUGCGGAAGCUUUGAAAGAUUUGAACGGGAGUAUUGAGCUGGACCCUACCAUGACACAAAGCUACAUCAAGCGCGCCAGCAUGCUAUUAGAGAUUGGAAAUCGUGAGGGGGCAGCGGCAGAUUUCGCAACAGCUCUUGAACACAAUGCUGACGAUCCGGACAUAUAUUAUCAUCGUGCUCAACUUCACUUUAUCCUGUCCGAGUUCGCCGAGGCUGCGAAGGACUAUCAAAAGUCCAUUGAUCUCGACCACUCCUUUAUCUUCUCGCAUAUCCAGCUCGGCGUCACCCAGUACAAGAUGGGCUCCGUUGCUUCGUCAAUGGCCACCUUCCGAAAGUGUAUUAAGAAUUUCGAGACUACUCCUGAUGUCUACAACUACUAUGGCGAACUACUGCUUGACCAGCAAAAGUAUCUAGAAGCCAUUGAAAAGUUUGAUACUGCUGUGGAGAUGGAAAGGACCGCCAAACCCAUGGCUAUGAAUGUGUUGCCGUUGAUAAACAAGGCUCUAGCUCUCUUCCAAUGGAAGCAAGACUUUACCGAGGCAGAGAAGCUGUGCGAGAGGGCUUUGAUCAUUGAUCCCGACUGUGAUAUCGCCGUUGCUACAAUGGCGCAAUUGUUGUUGCAGCAAGGAAAGGUGACUGAUGCACUCAAGUACUUUGAGAAAGCCGCCACACUCUCCCGUACCGAAGGAGAGAUUAUCAACGCUCUUUCCUAUGCCGAGGCUACAAGAACACAACUAGAGGUGCAGGAGAAAUACCCUCAAUUGGCAAACCGGCUCCAGGGAAUGACAAGUCUGGGAAGGUGAUAUGUUGAUAAGAAAUGAAAAAAGAAACAAAAACAAAAGACAAAAGCCACAAUCAGUUAAAAAUAUAAGAAAACUUUCGUGGUCAAAUAGAACUUUCCGGCUUGCUUGGUAUUGGCAUGUGCAUGUGCGUGUAUGUGUGCAUGUGCGUCGCGUGUGUGAAGCUUGCUCAAAUAAAGUGGCUUUUUUAAUCCAUAGGGGGAGGGAAAGGCAUGCAGUUUCUUUUUUUCCUCCCUUUUCACCUUUUUU